AUCGAUAAUUCUUUUUUUUUUUGUAAGUUUUUAGCCCAAAAAUUGGUCCCAGCCAAUAAUCCAGGCCCACUAUGGAUCCAUUGUGAGCCCAACUAAUAUCCAAAGGCCCAUUCCUUAAGGUUCACACUAAUGGAGAAACGCGACACUGCAAUCUCCUUUGUUUUUCCCCGUUUUCAAUAUCUCACCUCAGUUGCAGAGAAGCUCUGAACAGAGAGAAAAGCCAUGAAGAUUUUCGGUUCGAGCAGAUCUCCGAUCAAUGGAUGGAACUCGAAGAAAUCCAAUUUUCUGCACCGACGUUUUUCUUUGCCUGUUCUCGCUCUACUCUUCUGUUCCUUCUUUCUCCUCUACCUGUUCUCCUCCUACUCUUCCUUCAUGCCCUCGACUGCAUUCUCAACUUCAAAUUCGUGCCAAUGCAGUUCCCGGAUCUUAGAUUUGGGGGAGAGAUUUCUGUUUUACGCGCCUCACAGCGGAUUUAGCAACCAGCUUUCUGAGUUUAAGAAUGCAAUUCUCAUGGCCGGGAUUCUCAACCGGACUCUUGUUGUUCCUCCGAUUCUGGAUCACCAUGCCGUAGCUCUCGGGAGUUGUCCGAAAUUCAGAGUUACGGAUCCUGGUGAGAUUCGAUUUUCGGUUUGGGAGCAUAUGCUUGAACUUCUUCGGAAUGGAAGGUAUGUUUCAAUGGCGGAUAUUGUAGAUAUUUCAUCGUUAGCUUCUUACUCUUCUAUUAAGGCCAUAGAUUUUAGGACCUUUGCAUACUUAUGGUGUGGAGUGGAUCUGGAAAGUGUUUGUUCCAAUGAAUACAACCUAAAGCAAUGUGGUCGUCUACUAGCAGGGCUUGAUGGAAAUGUAGACAAAUGUUUACAUGCUGUAGAUGAAGAUUGCAGAACUACAGUUUGGACUUACAAAAAUCGUGAAGUUGAUGGAGUAUUAGACGUUUUUCAGCCUAGCGAACAGCUUAAGAAGAAAAAGAAUGUGUCAUAUGUCAGACGUCGUCGAGAUGUAUAUAGAUCCCUUGGACCUGAUUCCAAAGCCGAACUCGCUGCUGUUUUGUCGUUUGGAAGUCUUUUUACUGCUCCAUACAAAGGUUCAGAACUGUAUAUUGAUAUCCAUGAAGUUAGUGGAGAUCAAAGAAUUAGUUCUUUGAUAAAAAGCAUUGAGUAUCUACCAUUUGUCCCAGAAAUCUUGAGCGCAGGGAAAGAGUAUAUUGACAAGAUCAUAAAAGCUCCAUUCCUUUGUGCUCAACUGAGAUUGUUAGAUGGGCAGUUCAAAAAUCACUGGAACGCUACUUUUAUGGCCCUCGAACAGAAACUAGACUCUAUAUUGCAGGAUGGUAACAAACCCGUUCAUGUUUUCGUGAUGACCGAUCUUCCUGAAUCGAAUUGGACUGGAAGCUACUUAAGGCAUCUGGCUAUGGAUUCAAAUCACUUCAAACUCUUUUUACUCAAAGAACACGAUGAAUUGGUUCAACGAGCAUCGAAAAAAGUGAUGGCUGUAGGACAUGGCUUGAGAUCGACAUCCAGUGCAUUUGGUCCUAGCAGAAUUCAUGAUAUGAAGGACAAAUGUACUUCUGAGAGAUUACCCGAUAUUCUCUUAUACAUAGAGGAAACUGUUUGCAGUUGUGCUUCACUUGGUUUUGUUGGCACUGCUGGCUCCACAAUUGCAGAAAGCAUUGAGCUGAUGAGAAAAUAUGGAUUAUGUUCAGAUCAAAAUUCAACCCCAUCUUGACAUUUGACUUCAAACUUUAAAUUCUUUAGGACGUCCACUGAAGUUGUUCUGUGUCGACUUAGUUUCUCUGAAUCAUUCGACGUAGUCAAUGCUGAUGUACUUGGAUUGAACGUAUGCAAACCAUUUGAUUCUGCUUGGCUUGUCAUGCAUUGAAGACUACUCGAAUCAUGCUUCGAAUUUACCAGCAUCUGAUUAUGGUGGAUUUCACCAACAUUGAUCAUCACAUCAGUUUUCAAGGUUGCAUUUGGAUGUAAGUAUACAUACACUAUCAUAUUCACCAUGUAGAGGAAAUCAUAUUGUACUGUCUGUUUUGUACAAACUGGAUAGUUUAGGAAGUCAUAUAGUUCCUUAAGGAAAUACCGCUGUUGUUUUCUUAGAAAGAUUGGAUCUCUGUACGGCCUUUUGUCGGACUUUCGUCCCUUUGCCUCCUUCCUGACUUUUCAGAGAGAGGCCCUUUAUAGACUAUAAAGAACAUUAUUCUGAGUGGUAAGGAGGCAAGCAGAUGAAGGGAGGCAUUACGGGCCAACUACAAGAAGCAAAGUUUCGUAGACUCGACAAAUCGCUUAUAGAAUGCCGACUACUAAGUUAAGUUUAGAUCAUGGUGGAAUUCAUGAUAUUAGUCAUCUUCCUUGAUUGAGAUGCAUGGAACUGGCAAUUAAGGAUAUAGACAAGGAAAAAUGGUCGGUUUGAUCUGAACCGAGCGGGUUUGGUUUGUUCGUGUCCCUUGGCAGCUUGAGCCUAGCAUAAUGUCAUUUUCUCCUUCCCUAUUGUCUGCACAAGCUUUGUGCUCAGAUUUGGUAAGGAUAUACAAAAUUAAUGUUUAUUUUGUGGACCUAAA